AUGUCAAUGAUAAUUCCCGGUAAAAAAAUGCCAGGAAAUGAUAUUGAUGUCUAUUUACAACCUCUAGUAAAAGAAUUAAAGGAGUUAUGGACAACAGGUGUCGAUACAUACGAUUCUUUUAAAAAAGAGAUGUUCACAUUACAUGCAACUUUGAUGUGGACAAUUAGUGAUUUUCCAGGGCUGGGUACACUUUCUGGGUGGAACACUUACACUGGACUUGCUUGCCCAUCGUGUAACAUGGACUCUACUCCUCGUCGUCUUCCACAUAGCAAAAAAUGGUGUUUUAUGGGUCAUCGUCGUUUUCUUGAUCAGAGACAUAGAUUUAGAUUGAACAAGGUUCGCUUUGAUGGUCAACAAGAUAUGCGUGGUCCACCUAAAAUGUUAUCUGGGCUUCAAAUUCUUGAACAGGUUCAAAAUAUUGAUGUCACAUUUGGUAGAAAGCCAGAUAAAGAAAGGUCGGGAAAAAGAAUACGUGGUGGACGACCUACACAAGGUGUCAAUCAACAAUGGAAAAAGAAAAGCAUAUUCUUUGAACUUCCAUAUUGGAAGGAUAAUCUUCUGCGCCACAAUCUUGACAUGAUGCAUAUUGAGAAAAAUGUGUGCGAUAAUAUCAUAUUUACUUUGCUAAAUGAUAGCACAAAAAGUAAAGAUCAUCUUAAUGCAAGAAAAGACCUUAAAGCUAUGGGCAUAAGACCUGACCUUUGGCCCAAUGAAAAUGGAAGAAUUUCUCCAGCCGUCUUUACUCUGACUACUAAAGGUAAGAAGAGAUUUUUAACAACUUUAAAGAAUAUCACUGUGCCUGAUGGUUAUUCAAGCAACAUUUCUAGAUGCAUUGACAUGGAAAAUCUUAAGUUGAAAGGAAUGUUGAAGAGUCAUGAUUGUCACAUAUUGAUGGAACAACUUCUACCGUUAGCCAUUCGGGCAACCUUACCUGAUGAUGUUUCAGCUAUAAUGAUUGAGUUUUGCUCACUUUUUAGACAAUUAUGCAGUAAAGUAUUGAAUGUUGAUGAUUUGGAAAAAUUGCAAAAUCAGGUUGUCCUCACUUUAUGCCACAUGGAAAUGAUAUUUCCUCCCUCAUUCUUCACUGUUAUGGUUCACUUGGUUGUUCACCUUGUUGAAGAAGUUAAACUUGGAGGUCCUGUUCAUUAUCGAUGGAUGUAUCCUGUUGAAAGGUCCUUAGGACUACUUAAAUCGUAUGUACGUAAUAAAGCACGACCAGAAGGGUCUAUUGCAGAAGGAUACCUUGUACAAGAGAUUCUUACAUUUUGUUCAAGGUAUAUAGAAAACAUUGAGACUAGAUGGAAUCAACUUGGUCGUGUAGAUGAUGAGCCUAUUAAUGAGAUACAAACUGACUCACGUGUAGCUGAAUUAUUUCCUAGAGUUGGAAAAUCGGUUGGUGGUUCUUCAUACUACACCCUUACACGUUUUAACAAACUGCAUCAUAGUUGA